CAAACAAACUCCACCCUCAGAAAACGCAUACGACACAGAUUCUCAGCACAAGCCAAAGACAAAGCUUCCAUUUCUAAAAUCGCAAAAAAAAAAAAAAGAAUCAUCAGAGUAAAACAUAUUUGGUUACUUAUUUAAAGAGUGACUGUAAGGAAUGGUGAAGCCUGGUAGCGUGGAAAAAACUACUGAGGAGCGAACCAAUACGUCGUACAGGGGAGUACGGAAGAGGAAGUGGGGCAAGUACGUGUCGGAAAUUAGGCUUCCCAACAGUCGCCAAAGGAUUUGGUUGGGUUCCUACGACAGCGCCGAGAAGGCGGCGCGCGCUUUCGACGCGGCCAUGUUCUGCUUACGUGGCAGCGGCGCCAAAUUUAACUUCCCGAAUGACCCGCCCAACAUCGCCGGGGGGAGGACCAUGACCCCCCCUCAGAUUCAGAUAGCUGCGGCUAGUUUCGCCAAUUCGGAGCCCCAAAAAGAGUGUUCCGGUCAGCAACACGUGGAGUCUUUAGCUUCGGACGAGGAAACGGCGUCGUUCAGGUUGGAGUCGUCGUCUCCUCCUCUCUCCGACGUGUCGGUUCAGAACGACCCCAUAUUCCAAAACGGGUCAUUUCGCGACCCGUUUUCGGAUCUCGGUUCGGGCAGUUUCGCCCCCGAGUUCUCCGAUUUUCCGAGUUUCGACGAUUUCAGCCGGGAUUUCUUCUUGCCGGGGCUUCCUAGUUUCGAUGACGGAGAAGAGAACGUGGACGGGAUGAUAGUCCAGGACCCGUUCUUGUGGAACUUCUAAGAGGGUCAGGGUUUGGAUAAUUUUAUUAUAUCCAAUUCCGGGACCAGAAUCGGGUUUGGGUUGGUCAAUUUUUGUUAGGCCAAGCCCUGUGUGUUGGUAGUUACUGAUGAAAUUUAUUUACCAAGUAGUCAAGGUUUCGAAUUUUUUAGAUGGGAACAUAAUUCAUUUAAUUGUCACGAAUUAAUUGUAAAGUUGUCUGCUGAUAAUGUAACUUCUGGGGCAUAUAUUGAAUUUUUAAGGAUGAUA